AUGUUUGGCAAGACUGAAAAACAUCCGUCGUCUCCGGACCUGGACAAGCAGGAUGCCCUUCCUCGCUACGACAACAACCACGACGACGACGCUGACCAUGUCACCUGUCCGCCCACCACCACCGACACCAAACUCCUUGCCAAGAUAGAUCUCCAUGUCAUCCCAUUCCUGUGCAUCAUGUACCUGCUGGCCUUUUUGGAUCGAGUCAACAUUGCCAACGCCAAUGUCUUUGGCCUCAGCCAGGAACUCGAUCUCAACAGAGACAACCGCUACAACACAGCCCUUGUCAUCUUUUUCGUCCCGUAUAUCCUCUUCGAGAUCCCGUCCAACAUCUUGCUGAAAAAGAUGAAGCCCCGCAUCUGGCUUAGUAUCUGCAUGUUUGGCUUUGGACUCGUCACCAUGCUGCAAGGUUUUGUUCAAAACUAUGCGGGAUUGCUGACUACUCGCUUCUUUCUCGGUGUCUUCGAGGCCGGCAUGUUCCCCGGCGCCUUUUAUCUGAUUGGAAUGUGGUAUAGGAGAAGUGAGGCCCAGAAGCGCUUCUCCUUCUUCUUCAGCUCCACCACCCUUGCUGGGGCUUUUGGGGGACUACUCGCCAGUGCCAUUGGCAAGAUGGAUCACAUGCGAGGCUAUCGCGGAUGGCGUUGGAUAUUUAUUCUCGAGGGACUGCUAACCGUCGUCGUGUCGUUUGCAUUCUUCUUUUUGCUGCCUAAUUUUCCCGAAGAAGUCAAGUGGUUGUCGGAGCCUGAGCGCGCCUAUGUCAAGCACCGCCUCCAAGUCGACCAAGGCCGCUCCGCCCGCGAGCGCCCCAUCAAAGCGCGAGACGUUGCAAAUGUCUUCAAAGACCCCAAGAUUUUCAUUGGCGGCUUGAUGUAUUUUGGCUUGAUCGUACCGGCAUAUGGCUAUGCAUACUUUUCACCCUCCAUCAUCCAAGGCUACGGCUACUCGCCCAUUCAGACCCAGCUCCACAGUGUACCUCCCUGGGCUGCUGCUUUUGGCUUUGCCAUGCUUGUUGCAUAUUUCUCCGAUCGCCUCAGACAUCGCUUCCUUUUUGCCAUUUUCCCCAUUUGCGUCUGCAUCGCCGGCUUCGCCAUCCUCAUCUCCGUGCACAACAAUCACGAUUUGCAGUAUGCGGCUCUCUUCCUAGUAGCUAUGGGCGCCUAUACCGCCAUGCCUGUUAUUGUUUGUUGGUUCAAUAUGAAUCUGGGUGGACAUCACAGGAGAGCUGUGGGCAGCGCGUGGCAGGUGGGUUUCGGCAACAUUGGCGGCAUCAUUGCUACGUUUUCUUUUCUCAAAAAGGAUGCACCAAAGUACACAAAAGGCUACUCUAUCAGCAUUGCUUUUGUAGUCUUAAGCGCGCUUAGUUGCACUGCGUACUUUGUCAUGUGCAACUGGGCGAACCGGAGGCGCAACAAGAGUGUGAGGGAUGUGGGGUUGACCGAAUACGAAAAGACGGAAAUGGGUGAUUUGAACCCAGAUUAUCGAUAUCUCCUUUAA